AUGGCUGCAGCAGAGCCUCUGAGUGCCCUCUCUCGCUGGUAUCUCUAUGCCAUCCAUGGCUACUUCUGCGAAGUAAUGUUCACAGCAGCAUGGGAUUUUGUGGUGCAUUUCAACUGGAAGUUCCCCGGGGUCACCAGUGUCUGGGCCCUUUUCAUCUACGGGACAUCCAUGCUGAUUGUGGAGAGGAUGUAUCUCUACCUUAAGGACAGGUGCUGCACCGCCACCCGCUGCCUCAUCUACACCAUCUGGACGUACAUCUGGGAGUUCUCCACGGGCUACAUCUUGCGCCAGUUCAACGCCUGCCCCUGGGAUUACUCUCAGUUCGACUUUGACUUCAUGGGUUUGAUCACCCUCGAGUACGCCAUCCCCUGGCUUUGCGCCUCCUUCAUCAUGGAGAAGCUGGUCAUCAGGAACACACUGCGCCUGCGCUUCGACCGCCAGCAGGACGCAGUCCCGGGGACAGCCCGGUCCCCCAGCACCGUGUCGAACGGGCACAUCAAAACCAACUAA